AUGGGGAGGGUGGACGGGAUCCAGCUGCAUGAACAAUGCCCGCAGAGAUCCAAGAAGAAGAAAGACACUCAGGGCUUCGGUGAAGAAUCUAGGGAGCCAAAUACCGGUGACAAUAUCAGGGAGUUUUUGUUGAGUCUCAGGUACUUUCGAAUUUUCAUUGCCUUGUGGAAUAUCUUCAUGAUGUUUUGCAUGAUUGUGUUAUUUGGAUCUUGAAAGUCACCAAGAAACCUGUUUGGAGAGCAGUCUUUGGUAACUUGGACUUUCAGCUGGAAACAUGAUUUUUCCAUCGAUUAAAAGACUGCAGUAUUUUCAAAAUAUCAACAAAGAGUUUUUAUCUGUUCUUCUAUACAAGUCUUAAAUGUUAAAGGAACAGGACACAACUCGUAACUUUAACCAGAUUGUAAGAUGGUGUUAUCAUUAUUUAAAUAAAGUAGCUUACUGUUAAAGGGUGGAGAGCACUUUCAUGAUGGUAGACACACAAACUGACCCUCCUGGAUAAUAAUUACCAAAAGUAUGGUCUGACUUAUGGGACUUUUUCACAUUUUUUCAGCAGUCCCUGAUAAAUGCUGGACUAUCAGCAAACACACGUCAGCCCAUUUGUGCGCCCACCUCUAGCUUGCCUUUCUGUGAGUGUCGGUUUUUAGGCCUACCAACCUAGACACUCAAGCAAAAUUUUUAAAGUUGUCUAGCACACAUAAAUAACUGUAGAACAAUAACAUCUAAUGGUCAGAGGAAUCUCUGCUUUCACUCACUCCUUGCUCUUCAUUUCUUAUUGCAUAGUAUAGGCUAUUUGAGGAACUGCUGCUCUAUUGUUUGCCAUUUGUAAUGCAUUUUUAUAAAGUAUAGCAAAAUAAUGUUAUGUUGCUGUAAUUGUAAUGAUUGGUCACAUGUAUUUGACUGUAGAGAGCUGCAUAUCACCCUAAAUAUCUGGAUGUUGGGGACUGAACAAUAAAGGAAUAACUUAUGGGAA